CUCUCUCUGUCUGACCCUAAAAAAAAUCUCUACUUUCCUUUUUUUUCUCUUUUUUUUUCUUUUCUUUUUUUUUUUUUUCUUUCAAUUCUCCCCUUCAAAACCCCUCCUCCUGUUUGGAGGAGCCUCUUCUGCUCAGCACAGGCGUUUUUGGUGCGAGAUCUUUGGAAUCUGAAGAUGAUGAAGGGGUGCGGUUACGAGCAGAACGCCAUGGCAGGAUGCGAGGGGUUGAGGAUGGUUGUGGGAUCUGUCGUUUGUCCAAAACCUCGUCGUUUGGGGAUUCUCAAUCCCUCCAUUAACGACCACAUCAGACCUCUUAGAUAUCCCACCAAUCCUUUUCAAUCGGAAGUUGGGGAUUCUCAAGCCGGAACAGAACUCCUUGAUAUCAUUCUCACCAAGGGGAAUAGUUCAGAAAUACACAAUAACCAAGUAGCUUCAUCUCCACCGUAUUUCUGUGGAUCUCCACCAAGCAGGGCUUCAAAUCCAGUAAUCCAGGACGAGCAGUUUGGCAACGGGAAGGUGGGUUUUGUAUCCGCAACACCGCCGUCGCCGUCCUCCGCCCGCAAAGGCGGCUGCGCUCGGAUGAAAUUCGGGCACAAGCCGGCGGCCGUGCGCGUCGAAGGGUUCGAUUGCCUCAGCAGAGACCGCAGGAAUCGCAGCAUCUCUGCAGUGGCUUGAAAAAGGAGGAGGAGGAUGAUCAUAUAACCCCCAAUACAACAAAAAAAAAAAAAAAAGGUUUUUGAGAGAAGUAAAAGGGGUUUUGAGAAAGAAGAGGAGAGAGGGAGAGAAAAGAGAGUUUUUAGUCUUGUAAUAUAUUUGUGUAUAUAAGGGUCAAGUUUUAUGCAAGUUUCUGGUUCUGCUGAUGAUUUUAGUCUUUUGUUAUGGUAACCCCAAAAAUGUAUCUGUAAAGUAAAGGUCAGUUUAUGAGAGUAUUUUCCCAUUUUGAUGAUCAGGAAUAAAGAGAGAGAGAGCUAAAGAGGGACGUCUUGGUAGAGUUUGUCCACCUUUUUUCUUUUGUUUUGUUGGGGGUCUUUAUCCGAGACUCCUUUUGAGAGAAGGUUCCUUCAUUGGACAAGAGUCUGUAAUUUAAAAGCAAAUCUUUGAGUCUUUUGUUUCUCAUAAUCCUCCUUUGUAAUUUGUGAAGAAAGAUGGAGGAAAAUGGGGGCUUAAAUUAUUUUGGAAUUUUUGCUACUUUUUUUGUUCUUUUUGGUGGGCACCCAUUGUUUUGGUGCCUUUGUUUCUUUUGCUUAUGAACAAGUCUUGUACAGAGAAAGCACGUGGCUGUGAAUACAAUUUAUGAAGUCAUUAAUUAA